AUGGGCGUGGCGCUAUGGCUUUGCCCCAAGAAAAACACCCCACUCUACGACAAGCUCCAGGUGCUCAUGAACUCGCUCUCCACCGUGUUCCCAGGCCUGCCCCCCAGGUUCGAGCCACACAUCACCAUCACCUCCAAUGUCGCGGUGGACUUGGCCAACGCCAAGGAUGACGUGGACCGCAUUUUGCUGGCAUGCUGCAUCGCGCUCGACUCGCUUCCUCGCGACUCCUCGGACCCCCAUUGGAUCCACUUGGGCCGCGUGGCCAGCCAGAAGAGGUUCUUCAAAAAGCUCUAUUUCCAGGUGCUCCGCGACCCGACGCUCGUGUCGUUUGCCCGCAUUGUGCGCGAGCUCUUCGUGGUGCUCCCGGAGCGAACCGAGCUGGAGCACAAGGUCAAAAACCCGCACUUGUUCCACACUGACCAUCUGGGCAACAUAGUGCGCCGCAAACCGGGGCUGCGGGCCCGGGGGCACCCGCACGUGGACGCCGCGUUGGACCACGCCAAGAUCCAGAGCGAGCUGGCGCACGAGGCCGCGUCCUGGUCGGCGGCCGAGUUCGACCCGCAUCUUUCUUUGGUAUAUAGCGACUUGCACCCGAUCGACAACGCGUUGUGGCACACGAUCCGCUCGCGCGUCUCGGACUACCUCUCGUUGGAGGACUGUGACCUGGAGGAGUGGGACGUGCGAGGGAACGGGCUCUCGUGGGAGGGCGGGGUGUUGAAGUUGGUCCUCUGCGAGGGCGACGUCAACGAGUGGCCUGUUCUCGGCUCGGUGGACCUACACAUGUGA